AACAAUGAACAAACAAAACGUUGAAGGUUUUUGACGAAAGAGAAAAUAACGAGAGAUUCAGAAAGGUUUUGUAAAUAAUUAAACCGCGAUUUUGAAUUAGCAUUCGGAGAAUAAACGCGAAGAAACAAAAAGUGCUGCCAAGGAUAUGAGUUGGGGUUGUGUAAUUGCUCUUAUUUUCGCUGAAUGCUAACUUUAUUUACAUAGAAGAAAUGAAGAAAGACGCUAGAAACGACGAAUCAGAAGACCCGAAACUAUGGGGAGCGAUUCUGUUCGGCUUGAUUGGCGCCACCGCCACUACUCUCGUCUUCGGUCAGCUACGGAAGACUGCUGAAUGGAUAUCUCUGAUAUCUAGGUCUCAAGGAUGGAAAGGAAAAAGUGGUGGUUCUUAUAGAACGGCUUUUCAGGAAGAGGCGUGGAGAAAACACAAUAAACGAAUGCAAGAGGAGUAUGAAGAGGAGAUGGAGAGAGUUGAACGAAUAAGGCGUAUGCAAAACGUGUUUAACAGAGAAAGAAAUAAAUACAAAAGAGGCUAUGAAAGCUGGAAGGAACAAGGUCCUAGUCCAUAUCAUCAACAUUUCCAAAGAGAAGAUUGGUAUUGGAAAACUGAUACUUCAUACAAGGACAGGAGGACUAAUUAUCGAGAAACUCCAAGAGAGAGCAGAAACUAUGCAUUGUCACAUCACUACUCAGUUUUGGGUCUUGACAGGUUUAGGAAAGCACCAUAUUCAGAUGCUGAAAUUAAGUCAGCAUUUAGGACAAAGGCAAAGGAGUAUCAUCCUGAUCAGAACCAGGAUAAUAAAGACAUUGCAGAAGCCAAGUUCAAAGAAGUGAUGACUUCAUUUGAGGCCAUAAAACAGGAAAGAAAUAACCAAAAUCUGUAAUUGUCAAACUCUGCCCAUCAAUCCCAGGACCGGAAAGGAUGUGAGAAUUUGACAAUUAACAGACAUGAGUUACUAGUCAGAGCUGUACAAAGAAAAUCUGGUAAUAAUAUUAAAUUGUAUUCGUUGAGUGCCAAUGCCAUUGCCAUGUUUGAACGCCGCAGGCAAACAUUCAAGGUUGAGUAUGGAAGCCAUAGACAGAGAUGGACAAUUAAGUGCUGUUUAGAAGAGUUCAUUUUAAGUUUAUUUUGUGAGAUAAACAUUUGUAUAACAUAGGUGUUUGGAAAAACUAAUAAAAUAUAGCUUAUGAUAUGUCCAUAAGCAAUUUUCAAUGUAUUUUUAUAAAUUUCCCAAUAUAGUUCAUAGAAAUAUUAUACAGGGCUUCAUUUUCUCUUUGAUUGUACAAGCAACAUAAAUUUAAAUUUAAGCUCUUUUAUGAUUAAUAACAUCAUAUAGAA